GUGAGAACAGGUCCUGCUCUUGGGCACCGUCAGCCACCGGCUCCCGACCUAACCGCUCCCAGCACUGCCCGUCUCUGCACAAGCCCCAAUGAGCAAGACUUCCCCUGUCAGACCCACAACACGUGGAGCUGUCUGCAAAUAGAAGUACCUGGAAAGGAAGCAAAGGAGAAGCAGCAACCGCCAGAUCAUAAUUAGACAGGAGCCAGCAGGGAUUGGACCAGCGAGAACACCAGCGCCUACACCACAAGAAAGAACAUGAGUCUUCUCAAAGAGCGAAAACCAAAAAAGCCGCAUUACAUCCCAAGGCCUCCAGGAAAGCCCUUUAAGUAUAAGUGUUUCCAGUGUCCUUUCACUUGCAAUGAAAAGUCACACCUUUUCAACCACAUGAAGUACGGUCUCUGCAAAAACUCCAUCACUUUAGUGUCAGAGCAGGACCGCGUCCCUAAGUGCCCCAAAUCCAACUCUCUGGACCCUAAGCAAACCAAUCAGCCAGAUGCCGCAGCAAAGCCAACCUCCGCCAAGCCUGUCGCAAACGGGCUCCCAAACUUUGAUGCCAAGCUCCAGCAAAGCCUUGCCAAGGACGACGCAAAGGAAAACCUGGAACUGCAGGCACGUGGGCCCCACAGGUGCUCAGGACAGAAGCCUGCUCUCCACGAGGAAGCAGCACCCCUGAGUCCAGCUUCAGAAGCCAGCAGGGGCACCCAGCCCAUUCUGGAGGGCAUUGUGCGGCCCUCGGCAUUUGUCCCGGUGGGAGAGCACAGACUGAAAGGGCCAGAACACGCUGAGGCUCCCAAAGGGCUGGCACUGCCCAACCCCACAGCCAAAGCCCCCUCCUUCCACACCAAGUCUGCAUUCCAUGCUCCCAGCUACCCAUGGAAAGCUGGCUCGCCUUUCCUCCCGCCUGAGUUCCCACACAAAAUCCCUUCUACAAAGGGGUUUAGUGCUAUUUCCCCUUAUGUGCACCCUGCGAUCCCAGAGUACUCGCCGCACUUUUACACAGAGCAUGGACUGGCCGCUCUCUACUCACCCUACCUGCUUUCUGGGAACUCACCCGAGUGUGAUGCCCCCCUGCUGUCCGUCUACGGGGCCCAAGACCACAGGCACUUGCUGCCCCCCCCGGGGCCAGUCCCGAAGCACCUGAACCCCCCCUCAGCAUAUGACCAUUACAGGUUCUUUCCGCAGUACCAUUCCAACCUGCCAAUCCCUUACGGGUUUUACAGACCAGAGUGUGCGUUCUCCUCCUACGGUCUCAGACUCCCACCCGUCUCGGGUAUUUCCAGAGAUCAAAGCUCCCACCUACUGGAAGAAGCUGCCCUGCUCUACCCGGCCUUGAGUCCGUCCAAGUCAAGUCCUUCCAGCACCCACAAAAAACACACCGAGUUUGAGAAGGAGAGCCCAACUCCCGAUGCUAAAGAUUCCUCCAAAGAUGAGCAGAGGGACACAGAGGGAACCAAAAUGAGCCCUCGAGCAGGCAGCGCAGCCACAGGCUCCCCAGGAAGGCCGAGUCCCACCAACUUCACACAGACAAGUCAGCCAUGUGCCGGGCUGUGCGGCCUCUCAGACAAGCCAGCCUCCAUCUCCCUGGGAAGGCUCCAUCAGCCCGAACACAGCCCGACAGCCUUCAAGCCUGUCAAGAAAAGCACCGAGUGCCCACAUUCCCAAGCUCUGGAAAACAGAGACGAGUCUCCAAAAAGUCUUGACGCCAUGAACGGAGAUGCUCCAGCUGAGACAGGAAGUGCCUCUCAUGGCACAGAGGCCACCCCUUCCAGCCCAGAGGAUGGCUCCAGGACAGCUCCGCUGAACCUCUCCAAGAAACCUGAGGUUAAACCAGCCACGCACAGCCCUGUGUACAAGGACUUUGCAGAGCUGCAGGACAUGCCUCUUAAUCUCUCGGUGAAAGACCCCUGCAAUGCCCUGACUCCGAGACCCUCCUUCCACAACCCACUGCAAGAGGCAGGACCUGCCACCACAGCUGCUCAGAACACUGAGAUGGAAAGUUCCGAAGAUGGGCCAGACCACACUCAGACAAACCAAAAUGGCCUUGACACUGGUGAGGUGCCAUCAACAACCCAUACCGUGAAGGCCCGGGACAUGAGAGCGGUGGACAGCAGCGAUGAGCAAAAGCAGACGGCGGCUGUGGCCCUCUGCCAACUGGCAGCCUACAGCCCGGGGAACGUCCGGGUGGGCGAUGGGGAACCCAUGGCCCCGGAGUCCACCUGCCAACAUGAUGCACCCACUCUCAGUGCCACGGAAAGCCAGGAGGCUCAAUGUGACCUCAGACCCAGAGGGCAAAAGAGGACAAGUCCAAGGGAUGCAGGGAAGUCCCAGCAAGGAACUAAGAAGACAAAGCAGAGUGACACAGCCAGAGUGUUCACUCUUCGGAAAAGAACACGGGUGUCCUAGUGCCCGGCUCUCGCAGGCUGCAGACACACCUUCCAAAGUAGGUUCAGCAAAUCUUCACUGGCACCUUCGCUUUUUCAAUGUAGUUUCUUUUUCUUCUCAAAAAAAAAAAAAGAAAGAAAGAAAAAGAAGCUGCAAUUUCAGUUCAGUUUCUGUAAAUAUCAAACAUGAAUAUUCAAAGGUGCUUCUACUUUUGGUUGUAAAAAUAUUUAAAUGACUCAUACUCUUAAAACUGAGGGGUUAAACACUGCCUUUUGUUUUUGUAAAAUGUCACACUGAAUACAUAGACUAAAAGACACCUUUUAGGUGUAUGCCAUCUUAUAGGAAAGCUUUUAAAAAUACUUUUCUUAUAAAUACCUUAGCACUAAAACAAACUGCUUUAACUGUUUUGCUAUCAAAUCUACUGUGUGUUUUCAAGUAAAUAACAAUUACUGAAAAAAAAUGCCAGGAGAAAACAUUUCCAGCACUGUCAUUAAAGUGCCCUAUGUAAAAACGAUGUGAUUUGUUACAAGUGAGUAACACACAACAUCAAGAGGCUAUUUAUGAUUUAUCUCCAGUAGGGAAAACACAUUGCUGGUGCAGCGGUAGCUAGUGUCUUCCACUUCCUCAUGAGGCUACGGUGAACUUCCUGACUCAUUCAGCCGCACUUUCCACUUUCU